UCUGUGUGUGUGUGUUAGUGUGUGUGUCAGUGUGUGUCUGUCUGUCUGCUGGUGUGUGGUGGUAUAAAAGCCCAGACCCCUCCUAUAGAGCGCCCUGCUGCUGUUCGCCCGGUCACCGGCAGCAGUUUUCCUCGUGCCGUGUGUGUGGGGUGGGGUGAGUGAGAGCAAAGUGCGCGUGCGAGAGUGCGUGUGGAUGUGAGUGUGCGUUUGUGUGCACGCGCGCGAGGAUGGCAACGCUCGUGGCAUCAGCGGACACCGCCGAGUCCUUCUGCGGGGACAGCGGCACCAGAGCCGGCAGCAUGGCAUCGCCCACCACGGCCUCAACGCACCACUUCGAUGACGGCAGGUUUUACUUGUUGGUGGUCGUUGGGGAGCUGGUGACGGCCGAGCAUCUUAAAUGUGCCAUUGCAGAUAUAGAGAAAGGAAUUCGUUCGUGGGACACAAAUCUCAUCGAUUGCAACCUGGACCAGGAGCUGAAGCUUUUUGUUUCUCGACACUCUGCCAGGUUUUCUGCUGAUGUGCGAGGACAGAAGAUUUUGCACCACAAAAGCAGUGUCCUGGAGACUGUAGUUCUCAUCAACCCCUCAGAUGAGGCUGUUAGCACUGAGGUUCGCUUGAUGAUUUCAGACGCAGCCCGCCACAAGCUGCUCGUUCUGUCGGGCCAGUGUUUUGAAAACACAGGCGAGCUCAUCCUCCAGUCUGGUUCCUUCUCCUUUUUUGACUUCAUUGACAUUUUCACAGACCAAGAGAUUGGAGAACUUUUAAGCACCAUACAUCCAGCCAACAAAGCCAGCCUAACCCUUUUCUGUCCUGAACAUGGUGACUGGAAAAAUUCCAACCUCGACAAACACAGCCUACAGGACUUCAUUAAUAUUAAGCUCAACUCAGCAACAAUCCUUCCAGAAAUGGAGGGCCUGUCAGAGUUCACUGAAUACCUCUCAGAAUCGGUGGAAAUCCCAUCUCCCUUUGACAUGCUUGAACCUCCAACCUCAGGGGGAUUCUUGAAAUUAUCUAAACCAUGCUGCUACAUUUUCCCGGGAGGCAGAGGUGAUUCAGCACUGUUUGCCGUUAACGGCUUCAACAUGCUUGUCAAUGGUGGAUCUAACAGAAAGGCCUGUUUCUGGAAGUUGGUGCGUCAUCUGGACCGAGUAGAUUCUAUCCUCUUGACACACAUUGGAGAUGAUAACCUUCCAGGGAUCAACAGUAUGUUGCAAAGAAAGAUUGCAGAAUUGGAGGAGGAACAAUCCCAGGGAUCUACAGCCAAUAGUGACUGGAUGAAGAACAUGAUCUCACCUGAUAUUGGUGUUGUAUUCCUUAACCUUCCUGAGACUCUGGAGAACCCAGAACCAAACCACAGGGUACGGAGAAACAUUGCAGAAGCUGCAAUAACUCAGCAGUAUCUCAGCAAGCUGUCUUUGAAACCAGAACCACUGCAAAAGAAUGUAGGAAACACAAUUGAACCGAUCAUACUUUUUCAGAAAAUGGGGGUUGGCAAGCUUGAGAUGUAUGUUCUUAAUCCUGCCAAGAACAGUAAGGAGCUGCAGUACUUCAUGAAGCAGUGGACUGGUAGUGAGAAGGACAAAGCUUCAGUUCUUUUGCCAAAUGGAAAUGAAUCAGAGCUCCCAAUCUCCUAUUUGUCCUCAAUCUCUGCCCUGAUUGUAUGGCAUCCCUCCAACCCAUCAGAGAAAAUAGUGCGUGUUCUGUUCCCAGGAAAUGCCACCCAAUAUAACAUUCUUGAAGGCUUGGAGAAACUGAAACACCUUGAUUUUCUCAAGCACUCUGUAAUUACAGAGAAAGAGCUGUCUUCAAACAUGGCACCAGCUCUUAAGCAAGCCAAGCUAAAGCAUAAGACAGACAGCAAGGAAAGUCUAAAGUCACUCCCCAAAGCAUCACCAAUCAAAGGCAUCAAAAAGGAAUCCAGAGAAGAAACCCCUGAAAAAGCAAAAACUGACGCUGAAGAAAAACAGGAGGCAUCACAGAAAGCAGAAAAGAAAGAAAAAACACUUGUGAGACGAAAGCAAACUGUAGAAAAAGAACUUAAAGCCAAAAAUGAACAAACAGCUAAACCUGACACUCCGGAAAAAAAGAAAGCUGACAUAAAACCAAAAGUUACACCCAAAGAAAAACUGAUCAAGAAAGAGGUAAAGAAAGCAGUGGAAAAAAAUGAAGUAGACAAAAAGGAGGAGAAAGCUGAUAAAAAAGAGGUCAAGAAAGAAGACAAACCAACACCCAAAAGAGAGGAAAGGUUGAAGAAAGACGACAUUAAGAAGGAGAUAAAAAAGCGAGACAUCAGGAAAGACUCACCUUUGAAAGAGAGCAGAAAAGAGGAAAAGAAAGAAAUCAAAAAAGAUGAUCUUAAAAAGGACAUAAAGAAACCUGCAAGCUUAAAGAAGAAUAUUACUGGCACCAGUGAAGUGAAAAAGACUGCACCAAAACCAAGGGUGGCAACACAAGGAAAAGUUUCCAGCAGUCCUACGAAAUCUAAAGAAAAGGCAAAGUCCACCAAAAAAGAUGCUGGAAAAGCUGUGGCAGCCGCUGCAUGUGCAUCAGCUGCUUCCAUUGCAGCAGCCACUCUGGACAGCACCACAGCCUUGGAGGCUGAAAGAUCCCUUAUGUCCUCUCCAGAAGACCUUACAAAAGAUUUUGAGGCUCUAAAGGCAGAGGAGAUUUUCGAAGAUGAUGAAACUUUACCUCAGACCAAGAUAGAUGAUUCUGAAGAAGUAGAAGGAGUAAUAAUACAGCGUGAAGAAAUCACUGUAUGCAAAGAUUCUUCAGAAACAGCAGAAUCUGUGGACGAGGGAAUAACUACUACAGAAGUUGAGGAAGAAGGUGAAGGUACUCCAGAGGAAUCAGAACCUAAACAGAAAACUAAUGGUACUGAGAAGUUUGAAGAUGAGGGCACAGGACUGGAGGAAUCAUCUGAGGCAGGGGACUAUGAAGAAAAAGGAGAAACAGAGGAAGUGGAUGAACAAGAACAUGGAGUAGAAACUAGGGAUAAAGUGAAGGAGGAGGAAGUUGAGGGCAAAACUGUGGUAGAAACUAGGGAUGAGUGUGUUCCCCUUGAAGAGCACAAAAUACUUGACCAAGAACUUGUUAAGCCAAGUCUGGCUGUCACCACUCCUCCAAAGCUUUCAGCUCCUGCUUUGCCAGCAGCUUCCAUUCAUGAGGAAACUCUACCAGUAGGUUCAGAAAGUGAGGUUGCUUCAGAUGAUGAGAAUCGGGAUGAGCCUCCAGAAGAAUACACAACAUCUGGGCACACUCAGUCUACUCUUGAAAUCUCAAGUGUACCCACUCCCAUGGAUGAAAUGUCGACUCCGAGGGACAUAAUGAGUGAUGAGACAACAAACGAUGAAACUGAGUCUCCCUCUCAGGAUUUUGUAAGGUACGGGAUCUCAGGGGACAACGACCGAAAGAAGCUUUCACCCCUGCAAGAUGUUCCAGAGUUAGAACAUUCAAAGAGUGAUGCAACUGAGGGUCAUGAUUAUCAUGUAUCUGCAUCAACUAUUUCACCACCAUCCUCACUGGAGGAAGAUAAAUCUGGCAAGGAAUUCUAUAGUAAACACAGUGACAGAUUCUCGCUGCAUUCAGAGAGACUUGCUGCUGCCGCAUCUACCACAUCGCCUCUUGUCCGAUCACCUUCCGGAGACCAUAAUAUAAGCAUUGAACACUUUCAUACAGGUGUUUCCUCACCAAUUGAGCUGGGGACUACACUUACACUGUCAUCCAAGGGAGUCGUGGACUCUUCAAACAGUCCAGAUGAUAAGACACUAGAAGGCACAUCUUCGCCUCAGUCCUUGGGACAUACACCUUACUAUCAAUCUCCAGUGGAUGAGAAAGCUGGAGUCAUUCCACCUGAACAAAUCAGUAACAACCAAGGCCCUAUUAUUGUUGAAGUAACGAGUGAUAAGGAGUAUUCUUCCAGAGAGGCUAGUCCUACUGAUGAAGCUGUCCCAAAAGUAACAAGUGAAAAAGGAUAUUCUCCCAGAGAGGCUAGUCCAAUUGAUGAAGGUGCCUCAAAAGUACCAAGUGACAAAGAGUAUUCUCCCAGAGAGGCUAGUCCAAUUGAUGGAGAUGUCUCAAAAGUACCAAGUGAAAAAGGAUAUUCUCCCAGAGAGGCUAGUCCAAUUGAUGAAGGUGCCUCAAAAGUACCAAGUGACAAAGAGUAUUCUCCCAGAGAGGCCAGUCCCAUUGAUGAAGGUGCCUCAGAAGUACCAAGUGACAAAGAGUAUUCUCCUAGAGAGGCUAGUCCCAUUGAUGGAGAUUUCCCAAUAUUUACAAGUCACAAGGAGUACUCCUCCAGAGGUGCUAGUCCCAUUGAUGGAGAUUUUCCAAAACCAACAAGUCAGAAGGAGCAUUCUCCCAGCAGGGCUAGUCCCAUUGAUGAAGCUGUGCCAAUAUCGCCAACAGAAAGAGUCCCAACACCAGAAUCCUGUGGAAGUCCCUCAUCAGUGCUUGAAGGAAAGCCAUACUUUGAUAGUCAAUCAGAAGGUCAGUUUAGCCACAGUGAUAAAAAGCCAGCAAGUGGUGGUGACAGUUCUAUUUCUUCCUCAUUCCCACAAGCUAAAAUGGAUACUUACUCUGAUAGCAUCCCUUUCCCAACAUUCAAAGAGGAGAGUAAAAUGUCCAUAUCAGAGGGAACCACAUCUGAUAAGUCAGGCACUCCAGUUGAUGAGGUUGUUGCAGAAGAUACAUACUCACACAUUGCUUCGGCCUCUACAGCAUCACUUGCAACAAGCUCAUUACCAGAGCCCACAACAGAUGAUGUCUCCCCAUCAUUACACGCUGAGGUGGGCUCCCCUCACUCCACCGAAGUAGAUGACUCUCUGUCAGUUUCAGUUGUGCAAACACCAACCACAAUGCACGAAGCAGAUGUUUCUCCAUCGAAGGAAGAAAGUCCUCGCCCUAUGUCAAUCUCUCCAGAUGCUUCACCCAAAACAGCCAAGUCAAGGACGCCUCAGCAGGACUCCAAAUCUCCUGAACAUUCGACCAUGUCAGUGGAGUUUGGACAGGAGUCCCCCGAUCAUUCUUUUGCAUUGGAUUUCAGCAAGCAAUCACCAGAGCAUCCAACUGCAGGAGGGUCCCAGCGAGCAGUCACUGAAAAUGGCCCAACAGAGGUUGACUACAGCCCCUCCGAUGGAGCUGAUUUCAAAUCAAGAGAACCACGACGACCAGGAGGGGAGGGUGAGAAAACCAUGCUCUUUAAGGAGCCUGACAGAAGCCAGGCUGCUUCUGCUUCUCCAUCUGAUGCUUCUCAGUCCACUCCAUCUGUUACAACACCCUCUCAAAUUGGUGGUCUUAAGGAAAUGUCUCCUAACGCAGGUCCUUGUUCUGAAUCCAUAACACCAAAAAUAUCCCCACGCAAUCAAUCACCAGUUUCCUCUGACUCAUCUUUAGCACUGGGAGGGAUCAGCACCUUGGACUACAAAACUAAAGCCAGUCCCACCGCAUUUUCUAGUGAUGAUAGUACUUUCAAGACUGAAGACACCAGGCCAAGUGAAGUCACCACUCCACCAAAGGCUGCUUCCCCUUUAUCCCCUACAGUAUCCUCCUUUACUUCCCUUCAACAGGAGACUCAUUCAUUUAAUCUAGGAAAAGAGACGAUGCCCUUCAGCUCUGAGUCUAAAUCCCCCACCAGUUCAAAAAUGCUGUCUCUGUCACCUUUGUCCCCUAAGCUGACAGAAUCUCAGCAGUUUUCUAGCAGUCCUUCCCACGUUGAAGAAGCAGCACAGAAGUCCCCUAGUGGUUCCAGAGAUCCAGACAGCUCUAAACCAAGUGUCUCCCCCCAUUCAAGAUCAAAUGUCGAUUUAUGUUUGGUGUCCUCCUGUGAAUACAGGCAUCCAAAGACAGAGCUUUCACCGUCAUUUAUAAAUCCAAAUCCUCUUGAGUACUUCAUGAACGAGGAGAAUCCUGAACAAGAAGAAAAGCCACUGACUAAGUCUGGUGGAGGACCACCUCCUCCUGGAGGAAAACAGCAAAAUAAACAGUGUGACGAAACUCCUCCAACUUCUGUUAGCGAAUCGGCGCCCUCUCAGACAGAUUCUGAUGUUCCACCUGGAACUGAAGAGUGUCCCUCCAUAACAGCAGAUGCAAACAUCGAUUCAGAGGAUGACUCAGAAACUCUACCAACAGACAGAACACUAACUAACAGGCAUGCUGACCCUCCUCCGGUUCCAUCAAGAGACUCAGCACCUGCACCACCUUAUCCAGAUGUCUGCAUGGUGGAUCCCGAGGCCCUUAAGGCUGAGGAAGACAACCAAGUAAAGGAGUCUAAAAAAGCAGAGGGAGAGAAACCAAAAAAGAAGAAAUCUGUUAGCAAGACAAAGUCUUCAUCGCCAGCUAGAAAGAGCGUUCUGUCUAAAACAAAGGAGUCCAAAACAGCCUCCCCAAAGAAGAGUACUGAGGAAAAGGAUGCCAAAAAUGCAACAAACACAUCUGCAUCAAGAGGUGUAAAAACUACAGGAAGCAGCAAGGCCAGCAGUGGAUCGUCGGUACCAAACUGCCCUCCAAUGUACAUGGACCUAGUAUAUAUCCCUAAUCACUGUAGUGCCAAAAAUGUGGAUGCAGAAUUCUUCAAGCGAAUCCGAUCUUCAUACUAUGUGGUCAGUGGCAAUGAUCAGACAGCACAGGAGCCCAGUAAGACAGUCCUGGAUGCGUUGUUAGAGGGGAAGGAACAGUGGGACACUAAUAUGCAGGUGACCCUUAUUCCAACACACGAUUCUGAAGUUAUGAGGGAGUGGUAUCAGGAGACUCAUGAGAAACAGCAAAACUUGAAUAUCAUGGUUUUGGCCAGCAGCAGCACUGUGGUUAUGCAAGACGAAUCUUUUCCAGCAUGUAAGAUUGAGCUGUGAUUGGGAAUGAUGAGCUCAUUCUCUGCAGGGGAACCAGUUAUGAAUCAGAGAAUCAUUGUGAAUCAUGGUUGGUUGAAAAUGGAGUGUAUAAUGCUAUGUAUACGGAAUGGCUGAACAGAUCUUUUCACUAGGUAAAUAAAUGCUUUGGUCUUAACUAAAGAAAAUGCUAUUAUUAAGAUGCUAAUAUAAAAAAAAAAAAAUCACCCCAGAGACAAAUCGUUCAAAUAGUCAGAUCUACUUUUCACACAAAGAGAUCAAUCAGUCUUUAUAAAAACGAAAAAAGAAGCACCUCCUUAAAACUCACUCCACUCAGUCCCAAUAUUGUGUUGAUAGCAAUAUAUAAUAAACAGCAUAUGGUGGCAUAUAAGUGGCAUACUAACUUACAUGUACAAAUCCACAACAAACUUGGACUAUUAUGGCAACUACCACAAAACCUACAGCAUUUAAAAGCAGCUGAUGAACACCAACAGUAUAACUGAUAUAUACACCAAAGUAUGACAGAUUCUUUUACAAAUGCCUUAGAAUGCUAAUUGAAUGUACAACACAUGUGAUGCACUUAUUUUGAAGACAAUUAGCAAGUGUGUAUAUUUUCUGCUCACUAACGCAACAACAGUGAAUAAACAAUACCAUAUAUAGUUACGAUGAAAUAAAGAAGGUGGAUAACAAUCUUCAAGAAGAUUUGCGAACAUCUCUAAAAAGCCAGAUAACCAGCCGAGAAACCCCACGAAAGGUUCACUUUCGGGUAGAUAGUCAUGGUUUAGUCAAUGAUAUACAUUUAAAAAAGUCACUUAUCUCGUUAUCUCUCAUUGUUAAUUAGCAGUUAAUUAGCAUUGUUAAGUUUAGUGGCGCAAAUGUCAAAAAUAUCCAUUGCUCAAAACUAUUUAUUGAAUUAUUUAUUUAUUCUUUAGAACACUCUCAACCUCCUAAUCUCUCUCAGAAAACAAUCUUCUUACGUUGUUUUGCACUAUUUAUUUAUUAUUUGCACUUGUGUAUGUGAAUCUAUCCUUUUUAUGAACUGUGUAUUUGGUUUCUUUUUGUGCAGUAUGUGAAUAGUUAGAUCAAUUAAUAAAUAUAUUUUUCAUUUAUUUAUUUACACAUGUAAGAUUUAGUUGGUAAGUUUGACAUUCCUCUGUAGUUAAUGGUAUGUCAGUGGUAUGCUCAGAGGUGUGCCGAACCUUAAGACCAAGUUGUUAUUUUUGCCUUAUGUGUUUUUCGUAUGAUGUGAAGAAAGCGAUAUGUUUCUUGCCUGUCUGUUUAUUUAUCCCACUUUUUUUUCUUUUUUUUUUACUUCAUACUGUGCCCAGAGGUUGCUUGAAUAUAAUAUUUGAGUUGAGUUGAGAUAAGAUGGUCCUGUUUUAAGGCUUUGCACACUUUGCAACUUAAGAAAGAAGUAAAAGAACUUUCGUAGCGUUGCAUCGUUUUUGUUAGCUUAUGCUGCGCUGUAGUUACAGACUCAUAACGGGGAGGGAUUUGAGGAUAUUUGCACGGGCUUUGUAAUAUACUAAACAGUUCUCUGCUUUUUUAUGAGAGGAAAACAUGCUUUUAACUGCCAAUGACGCACUACAAUGCUAGUUUUAAAUAGUAUAUAAGAGAGGAGUUCAUGUCGGGGGUGUACGCUUUGUCCGGUUUCAGUUUCUGUUUAUGAAUGGUGUGGUUAUCUCACUGACUAUGGUGCAACCGAUAAUGUUAUCGGGGUCCACUAUCAAUCCCUCCUAGUCAGGCUGUCUAAUUGGCUGCGUACAAUGUGAAGCAAAACUCGGAUCAAAUUUCUUUUUAAAUGUAGUGACACUUUUCAUUUAAGAACCUGUAUAUUCUUGUAAUCGCUGAUCACUUUAACAGAGCUGCUAAACGUCAUGUACUUUAUAAGCUUUUUUCGCUUAAUCUUGUGUUCUAAGCAGCCUCACCAGUUUUUCAGUUGACUGCAGUCACAGUUAACAGUGAUGGGAGUACUGCAAUGAGUUUGCAUGAAUACUACUAUACUAUUUAAUUACACUAAUUUAAAUGACACACUAUAGCAACAUGUGGAAAGAGGUGUGUUGUAAUGUAAUAUAAUGUGUGUUAUUCAGUAAUGUAGGGAUGCACUAAAUUAAAUGUAGGAAUAUUUGGUUCAUUUGAAUAUUCUGCAACUGAAAUUAUCAGCCAAAAAUAGUGAUAAGCAAAUCGAAUAAAUAAUUCAUACCAAACUAAGAUGUUUUCUGUGAAAAGCAAGCCAAAAAUACAUGUAGGUAUUUAAUUAAUGUGAUAAUAAUAAUAAAAAAAAACAUUUUGCAUUAAUUAAGAAGCCUAAACAUAUUUUGUGGUUUUGUCAACAUUAUUGUGUUUAAACGCACAUUAAUCAAGUUUACAGAGCCUAGUUAUGUAUUACGCUUUUUAUUUGAAACAUACACACAGCAUCACCACAGUACUGCUAGUACUGAGUUCAGAAGGUAGAUUACUUUUUAUUUAGUAUAAAAUAUUUCAAUAUUUUUAAGUAUUUUCUCUCUCUUACUCCCACCAGUAAUAUAAAUAUAAAUCUGUUAUUCUUAUGAAGUACAAAUGUGCUUAAUCCUGAUUAAUCACAGAAUAUUGUUGUGAUAAACGCAAUUCAUUGUUUAUAAUCGAUUAUAAUCGAAGAAAACAUCAUUGGUUAGUAUGAAUUGUUCACGAUUUACACUUUUCAUUGGUCUGAACACUGAAAGUGCUUUUUCCUUGCCAAAUAAUCAUUUUGGUUGCCAAAUAUUCAGUGCAUUCCUAUCCAUUCCUUGCAUAUUUCAAUCAUGCAAAUUCAGUGCAGUAUGCUUUCAUAGAACCUGAUGGGCAUAAGGACAUAAUGGCUAGAUUAUGUGAACCAAUCAAGACACAAAAAACUUCAAUAACAAUGACUUUGACAAUACAUAAACUAACAAUAACAGCAUCAUGGAAAAUCAACUGUGAACUGGAUAGAGGUUUUAAUCUGCGCUUCUUAAUCUGCUCUUCUCCUGUUGCUAUCCGUUCAGUGAACGUGCACUAAUUAUACACCAUUGCCUAGCAACUCUGAUUGAAAGAGAUCAAUAAAUCAAGAGUUUUCAUGGCGACCACAGAUAUAGAGAACUGGGGACCUGUAACCACAUGCAUGACUAACCAGCAAAGUUCAGAUCAACUGAAAGUCUUUACUCACUACUGUUUUACUCACAACUGGAUUAUGACACACAUAAAAUACACACAAGCUCAGACACACACACACACAUGCUUUCUGUCUGUCAUCUAUACACUCACCUCUUUCUCUCUUUCUCUCGCUCUCUCUAUCACACACUCACACAAACACCCACAACCAGUUCCGGUCUUUCUCUAACACUUGUCUUCUCUAAAACUUCCUCCUUCAUCUUUUAACUCUAGCCUCAAACACCCCCUCCCCCCCACUUCACUAUACGAUCCACCCCUCCCCCCCUCCAAACCUGCGAUUAUAAUAAAAGUAUGUCCGCAGCUCUGUUUGAAAUAUAUAUCUUGUGAACUUGCAUCGUCCCUCUUCACUUUCCCCAAACCCAUAUCUAAUGUAGAGGAUUAGUCUCCAGUGAAAAGUAUUACCUUGUGCUUUUUCUGAUGUUUGUGUGCGAUAUCUCCUUCUGCUUGCUCUAGGGGCGUUCGAUGUAAAGGGUACCACUACUUUAAAAAAAAAGCCGAAAGCAAAAUUUCAAAACCAUCCACAAUAAAUGAUUUUUUUUGUGGAAAUGA